AUGCUAAACAACCGCAUUUGCAAUGGUGUGCAUUCAACUUGGCCAAAUCUUGCCAAAUCGAAUCAGCUAGCAACAGAGCUGAUGUCGACGAUUCCACCUCCUGCUAAAUCGAUUCAGCUGGCGACAAAGCUGAUGUCGACGAUUGCACCUCCUGCCGAGGUACGCAAGGAAGAGGAACUAGGAGAGAAAGCACCAGCGGCUUUCGAGCCCCAUCAAACACUUGGUCGGUCAACCCGCAGCAGCGCGCGAAAAAGAUGUGGUGCCCCAACAAAUCCCCCAUCAUCUUCUCCCAGGACUGCUGUCGACUCCCCAAACCUCUCCAUGAGGGAUCCCACUGCUAAAAAGUCACAAACUUCAGCCUCUAGGCGAUGA